AUGAAGUCGCAUUCGGGCGAAUCGGCUGAAAAGGGCGCGAUGCCGUCCAGCCGUGACGAAUACGCAGACACCGACAUGAAUCUGGAGAACAAAGCCGUCAGCGAGACGGACGACAUGGGCAUUGGAGUGGUCGCACCACAGCCUAGUUUUGACCAUGUCGAUGAAAAGAAGAUUCUUUGGAAGAUGGAUAUCCGAUUGAUCCCCAUGCUGGCGCUCCUCUACCUCCUCUCAUUUCUUGAUCGCGGAAACAUUGGCAACGCCGAGGUCGAGGGUCUCAGCUUCGAUCUCGGCAUACAGCCAGACCAAUACAACUGGUGCCUCACCGUCUUCUUCUUCACAUACGCCGCGUUUGAAGUCCCCUCCAACCUGCUCCUCAAGAGGCUUCGCCCCAGUCGCUGGCUGCCCAGCAUCAUGGUGGCAUGGGGACUCGUCAUGACGCUCAUGGGGCUGGUUCAGAAUUACCACGGUCUCUUGAUUGCGCGCAUCUUUUUGGGCGCCACUGAAGCUGGUCUCUUUCCCGGUGUUGCCUACUAUCUGACCAUGUGGUACUGCCGACACGAGAUCCAGUUCCGCCAGGCGCUCUUCUUCAGCGCAGCUUCCAUUGCCGGUGCUUUCAGCGGCCUGUUGGCUUUCGCAAUCAGCAAGAUGGACGGCACGGCCGGGCUCCAAGGCUGGCGUUGGAUCUUUAUCCUCGAGGGAAUCGCCACCGUUCUCGUGGCGUUUUUCGCCUUCUUCCUGAUCCACGACUUCCCCGAUACGGCCUCGUUUCUGACAGCGGACGAGAAGGCAUUCGUGAUUCACCGCCUCAAGUAUCAGGGCCAGACGGCGGUGGGCGGUGGUGAUACCGAGGCCCGGGCAAGCGGCCAGGUCGAGCAAGCCGAGGAGUUUGAGUGGAAGUACGUCGGGCAGGCGUUUAAGGACUGGCAGAUUUGGGUGCACAUCCUCGUGUACUGGGGUAUUGUCUGUCCGCUGUACGGAAUCAGCCUGUUCUUGCCGACGAUCAUCAAGAACCUGAACUAUUCCAAGACGGAGGCACAGCUUAUGACGGUUCCGAUUUACAUCACGGCUGCGGUACUGGCUGUCGUUGUUGCCUUUUGCUCCGACCGAGUCGGCAAAAGGAGCCCGUUUGUGAUUGGGUUCAUGGCCAUGAUGUUGGUAGGAUUCACGAUGUGCAUUGCCUCGGGCAACCCCAGGGUCGUGUACGGCGGCGUCUUUGUCGCCGCCUGUGCCAUUUACCCUGCUUUCCCUGGCAUCAUCGCCUGGCUGUCGAACAACUUGUCCGGCAGCUACAAGCGCAGUGCGGGCAUGGCCCUGCAGAUUGGCAUCGGUAAUCUCGGGGGGGCCAUGGCGGCCAACUUUUACCGCAAGAGAGACGCGCCCCGCUACUUCCUUGGCCACGGCCUCGAAAUCGGCUUCAUCGUGCUGGGCCUCGCCGCGGCUUUUGCUCUCGUCCGGGGCUACUGGGUGCUCAAUCGCAAGAGGGAACGCCGCCUGGCGGAGGGCCAGGACAAGAACUACACUGCGGCCGAGUUGUCUGCGUUGGGAGACAAGGCCAUGACUUUUAGGUACAUGUUUUAG